CCGAGAAUGACCCUCCGCGCCGCCAUGGCCGCCGUCCUGGCCGCCGCGGUCGUCCUCCUCGCCGCGGCCGGCUCCCACGGCGUCGACGUCCCGGCCACGCCGCGGCCGGCCGUCGCCGCCACCGAGAGGCCCGAGAACAAGCCGCUGCGCAUCCUGUCCAUCAUGACGGUGGACACCAUGAGCCACCACCUGUGGAUGGCGCCGCUGACGCUGGCGCUGGCCAAGCGCGGCCACCUCGUCGAGGCCGUGGACGUGGCCAUGCCCAAGGAGGUGGCGCCCACGCUCAACGUGACCGUCAUCGAGUCGGCCUUCAAGAUGAUCAAAGCGGACACUAUACAGCGGUGGCUGGCAGCCGGCAUGCUGGAGCAGACGUACCUCAUGAACAGGUACACCAUUAGCAAGUGCGACAUAGACCUCUCCACCCCAACUAUGCAGCGAAUCAUAGGCCCGUCCAACAAGGAGUACUACGACCUCAUCCUCAUCGACUUCACCUCGGAGUGUUUCCUGGCCUUGGCGCACCGCUUCAACUACCCCGGCAUGGUGCUGCUCUCCCCGUUCCCUGGCUCCCCCUGGCUGCACGACCUGAUCGGCGACCCCCCCGUGCCCGCGGUGGUGCCCUCCUCCAUGCUCCCCUUCCCCCACCCCAUGAACCUGUGGCAGCGCGCGGCCACCGCGGCCUUCGCGGCCUACAACAGGCUUCUGAGUUGGUGGUCUGACCCCGAACUGGAAGAGGCCUUGCGGAAGCAUUUUGGGGAGGACUUGCCCAACUUGGAGGAGCUGCGGAAGCACGCCCACCUCGCGCUGGUCAACGAGAACCCCGUCCUGGACAUGCCCCGUCACUACAUGCCCGCGUCCAUCCCGGUCGGGGGCAUGCACGUCCAGCCCGCCAACCUGGACAAGAUCCCCAAGGACCUUCGGGAGUGGAUGGACGGCGCCAAGAACGGCUUCAUCCUCGUGUCGUUCGGGACCGUCAUGAAGGGGGCCAACCUGCAGAAGGACAAGGUGCACGCCCUGGUGGAGAGCUUCGCGGCCCUGAGCGACGUGCGGGUCCUCUGGAAGCUUGAGCCCGAGGUGCUGGAAUCGGAAACUCUGCCCGCCAACUCUCGAGUGGAGAAGUGGCUGCCGCAGAACGACAUCCUCGGCCACCCCAAGCUGCUGCUGUUCGUGUCCCACUGCGGCGGCCUCAGCACGCAGGAGGCCUCGGCCUUCGGCGUGCCCAUGCUGGGCGUGCCGUUCCUGGUGGACCAGUUCCUCAACCUGGACAAGGUGGUGCGCAUCGGCAUGGCGCGCCGCAUGCCCUUCGCCGAGAUCACCAAGGAGCGCUUCGUGGCCGAGGUCCGGGAGAUGCUGCGCAACCCCAGAUACCGCGACGCGGCCCGGCGCACCGCGCUGCUGCUCCGCGACCAGCAGAACGCGCCGCUGGACACGGCAGUGUGGUGGUGCGAGUACGUGGCCAGGCACCGCGGCGCGCCGCACCUGCGCUCCCCGGCGCUCGACCUGGCCUGGCCGCAGGCCAUGCUGCUGGACGUGAUGGCCCUGUUCGUCGUCGCCGUCCUCGCCCUCGUCGCCGUCCUGGCCCUCCUGCUGCGGGCCUGCCUGCGGUGCCUCUUCUGCCGCCGGGACAAGUCGCCACACACUCGCCAAAAGAAAGACCCAACAGGCUCUGGUCCGGUUGGACCUACAGUGCGGCGGCUCCCUUCGUCCGACUCCAUGGCGACGCUAAGACUGACGGCCGUCGUGGCGACCCUCGCCGUCGUCCUGCUGGCGAGCGAGACGACCGUCGCCGCGCACGUCGCUGGUUCCGGGCCUGCUGCCGCCCCGGUGCGCAAGCCGCUGCGCAUCCUGUCCAUCAUGACGGUGGACACCAUGAGCCACCACCUGUGGAUGUCCCCGCUGACCGUGGCGCUCGCCAAGCGCGGACACCUCGUCGAGGCCGUGGACGUGGCCAUGCCCAAGGAGGUGCCGCCCACGCUCAACGUGACCAUCAUCGAGAACGCGUUCAUCUCGGAUAGAUCGGACCCCGACGCCUUGAAGCGCUACGUGCGCGCCGGCCGGCUGGAGCAGAUGGCACUGCUGUCGAGGUACGCCCUCAAGGAGUGCGACCGCGACCUGGUGACGCCCACCAUGCGCCGGCUGCUGGACCCGUCCUACCCGGGCGAGUUCGACCUCAUCGUCCUGGACUACCUCAGCGACUGCAUGCUGGGCAUCGCGCACCGCUUCAACUACCCCGGCGUGGUGCUGGUGUCCCCGCUGCCCGGAAGCACCUUCCUGCACGACCUCAAGGGCAACCCCGACAUGCCCGCCCUGGUGCCCACCAGCGUCGUGCCCUACCCGAUGCCCAUGGCGCUGUGGCAGCGCGCCGCCACCGUCUUCUACAGCGCGUACCUGCGCGCCCUGGGCUGGUGGUUGCGCGCCGAGACGGACGCCGCGCUCCGGAACCACUUCGGCGCCGACGUGCCCAGCGCCGACCAGCUGCGGCGCGGCGUGCACGUGGCGCUCGUCAACGAGGACCCCAUCCUGGACCAGCCCCGGCCCUACGUCCCCGGCCUCGUGCCCGUCGGCGGCAUGCACAUCCAGCCCGCCAACGCCAGCAACCUCCCCGCGGAUUUGCGCGAGUGGAUGGACGCCUCUUCGACGGGCUUCAUCUUCGUGUCGUUCGGCUCCAUCAUCAAGGGGUCCCACAUCGACGAGCAGAAAAAGCGCGCCCUCCUGGACGGCAUCAGUGCGCUCGCGGAAGUCCGAGUGCUCUGGAAGAUGGAGCCGGAGGCCCUGGGCGUGGACAAGCUGCCGGACAACGUGCGGGCGCAGAAGUGGGUCCCGCAGAACGACGUGCUGGGCCACCCCAAGCUGCUCCUGUUCGUGUCGCACUGCGGCGGCCUCAGCACGCAGGAGUCGGCGUUCCACGGCGUGCCCAUGCUGGGCGUGCCCAUCAUGACCGACCAGUUCCUCAACGCGGACAAGGUGGUGCGCAUCGGCAUGGCGCGCCGCAUGCCCUUCGCCGAGAUCACCAAGGAGCGCUUCGUGACCGAGGUCCGGGAGAUGCUGCGCAACCCCAGUUACCGCGACGUGGCCAAGCACACCGCGCUGAUGCUGCGCGACCAGCCGAGCUCGCCGCUGGACACGGCAGUGUGGUGGUGCGAGUACGUCGGCAGGCACCGCGGCGCGCCGCACCUGCGCUCCCCCGCACUCGACCUGACGUGGCCCCAGGUCAUGCUGCUGGACGUGAUGGCCCUGUUCCUCCUCGCCGUCCUCGCCCUCGCCGCCGUCGUGGCCCUCCUGAUCAAGGCCGUCCUCCGGACAGCCCAAAAGAUGUCGCUUCCUCGUGAAAAGAAGGACUGAGUGAACUGAACGCCCAAUGGCGUCGCCCAUGCAGGCAACCUUCUCGGAUGCCCCGACCCUGGGAAAGAGAGCAAUCCAAGACUGACACGUUCGUACAAAUAGUGUUAAGGAUAUUUUUACGUUAUUAAAAUAAAGUGUUGUCCACGUCA